CCAUCACCAUCACCAUCACUAUUUGUUUAUCCACCAAUUAGUUCUCCAUCCCCUCCACCAUCAUCUAAGGUGAAUCCACCCACAGCGUCUGCUCCGGCUCACGUUCAUAUUCUUCCAGGUGUUUCACCCGUUCCCGAAAUUUCCCCUGCUUCAAUUUCUCUGUUCGCGCCUGAGCCUGCAACUAAUGCUGCUGCUACGUUCAGCUUUAACUUCCAUCUGGCCGUCGGAUCGGUUGCUGCUGUCAUCUGUGCCUUUGCCUUUUCGUCCUAGGUUAAAAUUUUAGUAGUACUAGUAUUAGUAUUAAGAACUGUUAAACCUUUUUUAUUUUAUUUUUUGAGUUGUUUUGUUAUGAAUACUAGUAGUACUAAUCAAUAAUGAUAGGAGUUUGGUUUGUAUUUUUGGUUGUUUGUUCGAAUAGAGUUUGCUGUUAGUUUUCCCGUUUACCCUGUUUCAUGUUCAAUGAUAUGAUGAUUUCUUGAGUGCA